AUGCUGCCAAAGCCGAAUGUUGGUUGCCGGACUAGCCGAUGUCAGAAGACCGGGCCAGUUGUGAGUGGUUCGUCGAAAAAAUUGCGGAAAUUGUCUGUCCAAAAAGCGACUGCUGACAGAUGGGAUGAGAAUCGCUUACGUAGCCAUCAGCGCGCAAAUCCCGUUGUCAUUUGGAGCAUCAGCCUAGAAUGCUUCUCCGGCCUCGCCGAGGCCUCAGCAGCACUCACUAGAACCCGACCCGGGCCAUACAGGUCCAGAUAUAAACAUAGCACCGCCACACACAUUAUAAAAUGCACUGGAGGUCUUUGA